UGGCUGCGCGGCCGGAAGCGAGGGCGCCCCCUGGCGGCGAGCGGGGCCGAUGGCGGCGGGGCUCGCGCGGCUGCUGCGCGCACUGCGUCCCAGUUCCCUCCCGGUGCCCCGGUCCCGCUCGGUGACGUCGAUGUCCCCGCGGGAGCUGCGCACGCUGCGGCUGCGGCAGGAGCGGCCGCGGGUGCUGCACCUGGAGCUGCACCGGCCCGGCAAGCGCAACGCCAUCGACCUGCUGUGCUGGAGGGAGCUGGUGCAGGUGUUCCAGGACAUCUCCCAGGACCCCUCGUGCCGCGCCGUCGUCGUCUCCGGGGCCGGCAGCGCCUUCACCGCCGGCAUCGACCUGUCGGAUCUGGGCUCGCUGCUGGCGGCGCUGCCCGAGGAGGACGCGGCGCGCCGGGCCUGGGCGCUGCGCCAGCGCAUCCUGGAGUUCCAGGAGAGCUUCUCCGUCAUGGAGAGGUGCCCCAAACCCGUGAUCGCCGCCGUGCACGGGCCCUGCAUCGGAGCUGGCGUGGAUCUGAUCUCGGCCUGUGACAUUCGCUUCUGCUCCCAGGACGCCUCGUUCCAGGUCAAGGAGGUGGACAUGGGGCUGGCGGCUGACGUGGGGACCCUGCAGCGCCUCCCCAAAAUCGUGGGGAGCCAGAGCCUGGUGAACGAGCUGGCCUUCACCGCCCGCGUCAUGAGGGCCCCCGAGGCGCUGAGCUGCGGCCUCGUCAGCCGGGUGCUCCCGGACAAGGAGACGCUGCUGGAGGUGGCCCUGGAGGUGGCCGCGGCCAUCGCCGCCCGCAGCCCCGUGGCCGUGCAGGGCACCAAGAUCAACCUGCUCUACUCCAGGGACCGGCCCGUCAGCGAGGGGCUGCAGCACGUGGCCACCUGGAACAUGGCCAUGCUGCAGACCGAGGACAUCCCCAAGUCGGUGCAGGCGGCCCUGGACAAGAAGGGCCCCGAGGACGUUCCCUUUGCCAAGCUCUGAUGUCACCUCUGAUGUCACCUCUGAUGUCACCUCAGUGUCCCCAACGUCCCCUUUGCCAAGUCUGGGGCCACCUCAGUGCCCCCCAAUAAAUCCGUUGUCCCCAAA